CGUCUCUAUCAGGAAGUAAACGCGGAAAGUACAGCGAGAGCAAACAGCUGAACUUGAAAGUGCAGGACACCAGCGAAAUAUUAUUAUGUCCUUAACCACAUUGACAUCCGCUUACAGGCUGAGGUCCUUCUACAGACUGCAGCGAAUCCAGGGCCACAUGAUGUCAAGUCACGUGGAUCCCGGCGUUCUUCUGGAGAAAGUGGGCAACGCAGGUGUGAUCACUAUUAACAGACCCAAAGUCCUGAAUGCCCUCAACCUGAGCAUGAUCCGACAGAUCGCCCCUCAGCUGCAGAAAUGGGAAAAUGACAGUGAGACGGACAUUGUGAUCAUCAGAGGAGCAGGUGGAAAAGCCUUUUGUGCUGGUGGGGACAUCAGAGCGGUCACUGAAGCAGGAAAAGCUGGAGGCCGUCUUGCAGAGGACUUUUUCCGUGAGGAAUAUAUUCUCAACAAUGCUAUUGGAACAUGUAAGAAACCCUACAUCGCCCUUAUUGAUGGAAUAACGAUGGGAGGGGGUGUGGGUCUGUCAGUUCAUGGGCGGUUCCGGGUGGCCACUGAGAAGACGCUGUUCGCCAUGCCAGAGACCGCCAUAGGGCUCUUCCCCGACGUGGGCGGAGGUCACUUCCUGCCGCGGCUGCGGGGGAAGCUGGGGCUGUUCCUCGCCUUGACGGGCUUCCGCCUGAAGGGACGCGACGUGCAGAGAGCUGGAGUCGCCACUCACUUCGUGGAGUCCCAGAGGAUCCCACAGCUGGAGAAGGAGCUGGUGGGCUUGAGGUCUCCUUGUGCUGAAGACAUCUCAGCUCUGCUGGAUUCAUUCCAGAACCAGAGUGCUUUAGACUCUGAGAAGCCGUUUGUGUUGGACAAACACAUGUCUGAUAUUGACAGGCUCUUCAGCUCCAGCAGCGUGGAGGGCAUCGUGCAGAGCCUCAAGGCAGACGCCUCAGAGUUCGCCAUCAAGCAAGCUGAGACACUGUCCAGGAUGUCUCCCACGUCCCUGAAAAUCACCCAUAAGCAUCUGCAGGUCGGUGCCACUCUGAGCCUGCAGGACGUGCUGGUGAUGGAGUACCGACUCAGCCAGGCCUGCAUGAGGGGCCACGACUUUUAUGAGGGUGUGCGAGCCGUGCUGAUUGACAAGGACCAGAGUCCCAAGUGGAGCCCUUCAACGCUGGAGGAGGUGUCGGAGCAGAGUGUGGAUCAGUGCUUCUCCUCGCUGGGGGAGAAAGACCUGACGUUCUGAUGCUUCCCACCUUCGGACCCACACCACCAAGCCCCCACCCCCUCAGUGAUUCUAUGACACACUGGAUCGGUGCCACACUUGAUGGUUUGUUGCUGUGGAGGCAUUUUACAGGAAAAGCUCUCAACUUAAGAGCAGAAGAGGUAGCAGCAACUGCUUUGUGUGUCGCCCACAACUGGCUGUGCGCUACGAGUGGAGUGGUUGUCUCUCUCAGAUGAUGCUGCACAGCGACUGGAGGACAUGGGAGGAGAAAAUGAUCUCACCACUGAGUGCUUCAUUACGCUUCCUGUGGGGUUUGUUGAUGUGACCUGGAUCGCUAUCAUCUGUCCUUCUGCAGUGUCCCUUCUGCUGCUGCAGUUUAUUUUCCUUUUCACUAAAAUCUCUAGUUCUUCGUGUGUGUGUGUGUGUGUGUGUGUGUGUGUGUGUGUGUGUGUGUGUGUGUGUGUGUGUGUGUGUGUGUGUGUGUGUGUGUGUGUGUGUGUGUGUGUGUGUGUGUGUGUGUGUGUGUGUGUGUGUGUGUGUGUGUGUGUGUGUGUGUGUGUGUGUGUGUGUGUGUGUGUGUGUGUGGGGAUGCUGGAACAGACAGCAAUAAAGAUCUGAUAAAAGG